AUGCAAUGUGCCGCCACUGGUGAUAGACCUCCUCAGUUUGUUUGGGAGCGAGAUGGAGUUACUGUUUCAAGCAACACAGAUCCUAGGUAUGCGUUAGGACAAAUUAUGACGACAGAUAACUCUGUAAUAGCCCAACUCAAUAUAACAAGGGUUCGAGUAGAAGAUGGUGGAUUAUAUGCUUGUAUAGCGAAAGAAGGUGAACAUGUAGCCAGCAGUGAGAACAGACUGGACGUUUAUGGUCCACCUUACAUUCGAUCACUACCACCAAUUAAGGCACAGAGUGGUGAAUCAAUAAAUCUCAGAUGUCCAUUCUAUGGAUAUCCCAUAAGCAAAGUCGAUUGGGAACACAAAGGCAAAACAGUUAACCUAAACAAUCUUUUUCAAUCACGUUAUAAAAGAACACAAAAUCACCAGAAAAGAAAAUCAAGAAGAAUGACAUCACCGUCUGGUGAAAUGGCUAGACGUUCGUUUGAAAUACAAGUUAUAGAGGCACCUAUUUUGGAGGAUUUACUGCUUGGUAAUAACCUACAGGAAGGUCAAAUAGUAAAUAUUUAUUGCAACGUACGAAGCGAUGAUUUACCGAUACAUUUCGAAUGGUUGAAAGACGGAAAGAGAAUUUCAAGCAAUUUGAAGGUAGUCGAAAGAAGUUCGGAAUUAUUCAGUGCACUAGUGAUCAAGAAAGUUGCAUUGGAACAUUGUGGUACAUAUACUUGCGUGGCAUCCAACCACGUAGCGAAGGUCAAUAAGUCUACGGAAUUGUAUAUCAAAGUUGCGCCCAAAUGGCUAGAAGAACCAUCACAUUCGUCUCUCUUGCUCGGAAGAAAAGGCAUUGUAUCAUGCAGUGCGAGCGGCUAUCCACAACCACAAGUACAUUGGAUGAAAAAAGAUGCUCUUCUGGGUACUUGGCAACCUGUCCUUGAACUAGCUGGAGGAGGAAUCCUAAGUCUUCCCAACGGAAGUCUUGUCAUUGAAGAAGUUUCUUUGACAGACGAGGGCUUGUAUUCGUGUAAUGUGGAAAAUGGUGUUGGAACACCAUUGAGCAAAACCGUCUGGAUGACAGUCAAUAAACCAGUGCACUUUGACACGGCAUCAGCUAAUGUGACAUCACGACUUGGCCACGCCGUCUCUUUGGAAUGUCGCGCGCUUGGUGAUGACCCUAUCAGAAUCACAUGGAACCAUAAUGGAAACAAUAUAGACUUCCAAAGUCACAGAGCAAAACACUCAGAGACGAAAACCUCGCUUGGUGUAACCAGCACCAUAAAUAUACAGUAUUCAGAAACAGCCGACGCUGGCUUCUAUCAAUGUAGAGCGAGCAAUCCGUAUGGAUCAGCUAGCUUCAACACAUUCCUUACUAUAUUAGAACCCCCCACCCCUCCAGCCGAACUCAGAGUAGAAUCAGUUAGAUCUCGUACAGCAUCAGUUUCAUGGAGAGACGGGGCACACGCCGAGUAUUACACAUUACAACACACGCCCGCUCAUUACGCCGAUGACUGGGAAUACGCCGUUAGUCUUAAUAUUACGAGGAAAGGCAACGACAUUCGUCAAACGAUAGAACUACAGAAUAUCCGACCUGCGACGGCUUACGCGGUGCGAGUAGCAACUGGUAAUGAAGUGGGUGUCAGUCGUUUUACGGAGCCUGUACAUUUUACAACACACGAGGAAGCUCCAUCGUCAACACCUAUUAAUAUACAAAUUGAACAAACUGACAAUCCUGGAGACUUAUUCGCUGUGCCACAAAAAGGAUCAUCUAUUUUAGCGGACACUGAUACAAAGACUCUGAAAGUGUCAAAGUUAUCCGGAAAACAAGAAACAGUUAUCAGUGGUCUACUCAAAAAUACCAGAUAUGCUGUUUCCAUAUCAGCUUUCAACACCGCCGGAUCAGGUCCAUUUUCGAUUCCAGUAUUUCAAGAUACUAUGGAAGGAGCUCCCGAAAUCGCCCCAUCAUCAGUUGAAUGUACGGCUGUGUCAUUUACGUCACUACGCAUCGGUUAG